GUACUCCGUGUUAGGAUUCGUCAACAGCCUUUGCGUCAUUGGAAGGGCGAAGUCUCGAUUCAGGUCGAUUUGAGACAGAGGCUUUCGAUGUGCACUUUGGAAUGCUUGUCAUGAUAAACCGUAUGCCUAGAGAAAUAACCCUUUCCUUCUCCAUUCGUCCAUUCGAGUUGAGAUAUGUUUAUUGCCAUAUCCAAGAAAAUGGCUUGAUGUCGUGUAGUAUUCUUCCAAAUAAAUAACAUGAACUCUGUUUUGGCUGUUACCAGGCCUGAACCAACGCACCUAUCCCUCGAGGUCAAACUUCAUUCUUCAAUAAACUCGCAAGAUCUUUCUACUAUCCAAGCACAGUCGAGAGGCACGAGCUGUUCGAGCUUCGUAGCUCAGAAAUUGGCACCACUUCCUCCAAAACAUCAUCCUCGACCACUUCGUCAUGCCAGACAUACAUUUCUCAACGUCUAUCGAAGGCUUUUUAGUAUUGUAUUUGCUUUGAAUAUUGUUGGGAUAGGAAUACUGUUCUGGAGAUAUGAAGGAGAAUACAAUUCAGUGUUCUUGGGACAUUUGGCAACAGCUGCAUCAGCAAAUAUUAUGGUCGCGCUGUUAGCAAGGCAGGAUUAUGUGGUAAAUUCCAUGUUCAAAGUAUGCUGGUCAGUUCCAUUAUCUGCACCACUUCGACUUCGCCGGAUACUCACGAAAGUGUACGAAUAUGGUGGAGUACAUAGCGGGGCUGCUGUGUCUUCAGUAGUAUGGUUCGCGCUCUUUACUAGCUUCCUCACUUACCAAUUCGUCAAUCAUGGCCAUCCAAGAAGUCCGGCUGUCAUGACAACGACUUACAUCCUUCUGUUCCUACUCAUUUGUAUUGUUAUCACAGCCUAUCCUCGCUUCCGCUUCUCCUCACACAACACUUUCGAGAACUUCCACCGCUGGGGAGGCUGGUUCGCACUCGCCAUAUUCUGGGCAGAGCUUGUACUCUUCAUCCAAGCCCAAACACACAACAUUGGACCAGCACUCAUCAAGCAACCUGCGUUUUACUUCCUUCUCAUCUCAUCUCUACAUACCAUCCUCCCUUGGCUUCGCCUUCAUAAACUCCAUAUCAUACCCGAGAAACUCUCCAACCAUGCUAUCCGCCUUCAUUUCACCGAACCUGUCCCACUAUUCGUCGGACUCCGCAUCUCAGACGCGCCACUGAAAGAAUGGCAUUCAUUCGCUUGCAUUCCAGCUCGCUCAGGUCCAGGCGGCUCAGUCCUCAUCUCCAACGCAGGCGACUGGACAAAAAAGACUAUCCAGAAUCCCAGACCAUACUACUGGGUGAAAGGCAUUCCUGUCACCGGUGUUCUAUGCAUGGCUCGCGUAUUCCGUAAAGUCAUAGUCGUGACAACAGGAAGUGGGAUUGGUCCAUGUCUCGCAGUGAUCCAAGAUAUUCCUGUCCGGGGUACUAAUUGUCGCGUUGUUUGGUCGACACCGAGUCCGUUGCAGACAUAUGGGAGCGAGAUCUGUGAUGCGGUGAAGGCUGUUGAUAGGGAAGCGGUAAUUAUUGAUAGUAGGAAAGAUGGAAGACCGGAUUUGACGUCUAUUGCUUGGGACUUGUAUUGUAGAGAGGAAGCAGAGGCGGUGUUUGUUAUCAGUAAUCCGAAGCUGACGAGGAAGGUUGUUUAUGGUCUCGAAGCGAGAGGUGUUCCGGCGUUUGGGCCAAUUUGGGAUUCUUGAAGUUAAUUAGCAAGGCAAUCGAUCCAGGUCUGAAUUUGGCUAGUCCCCAAGAAGUUUUGGAAAAAAU